AUGGCGGUUCGAUCGAGGUCAUCGCUACGCUUCGCCGUGCGACGGGAUGAUCAUGGUGCUGGUCAUCAUGACGACGAUCGCGAUGACUUUGACGAUGCGCGGCUCUCUUCGCCUCCUGCAAAGCGGCCUCGGCUUCAGCAGCAGCCGUCGUCUCGUCGUCGCAAAAGCUCUCCUGAUCUGCUCAAUACCACCAUUGAGAAUCCCAAUCAUUCUUCCUCCAAAACUCCCCAAUUCGUGCGACACGCCACCCACUCUCCGCUCCCUCCGUCGCGCUCCUCUACGCGCCGCCCGUUACCUCUCUCCGCUGUCGGCGACCGUGCUUCCUCCUCGGCCUCCUCCGCCUCAGUAUCCUCCUCCUCGUCAGCUUCCUCCGCUCGUGUGCUUCCUGUCGGCACCCCAUGCACUACAGGACAAACCAAUGACCGACAUCACACGCCGCUCUCCACUUCAGCUGCGCUAUACAUGCGUGGUGGCGGUCGCGAAUCGCCCGAUCCCUUAGAUACCAUCUCUCCCGCUCCGGCCACCAAGAUCAUUCCACCUCGCAGAGCUCCCACCACAUCUACUCCCAAUUCGACCACGCGUUCGACUCGUCAUUCUACCCGUUCACAACCUCAUCCCUCUUCGGACGGCGCAUCGGAGAACCUCCCCGCACGGUCGCACAGUCGCUCGUCGCGGAAAGCUACAACUGUCAACCAUGCAAGCGAAUCGCAACCGCUACCACAAGUGCAGUCACCGUCACAGUCGCAAUUACAACCGCAAUCGCAAUCGCAGCCUAAUGGAGAACACCCUACUGCCAGUCCAGCUGCGCCGGAGCAGCGACGGUCGCUCCGGUCAAACGAUACCGGCUUACGAGCGCGAAGCGAACUCGCGCCGUACUUCUGGAACUAUGAGCAAAUUUUGAGCCUCGAGCCACCCAAGACGACGGAGCUUCUCACCGAAAACACAUCGAUCAAGUUGAUUGAUGAUCUAUCCAAACCUCUUGCGGCCCUCAUACCACCGCUCGAGCCAGAAUCACCGUUUGGAAAUCCUCUCUUGCAGCUGCAUGAGUGCGAGAAGAUCACCCUGCCGAAACCAGACCCAGCGUCUGGACCGACCACAGCAACCGCCGAUCUCGUCGACGAGGAUCCCCUCGAUGAAGGACAUUAUUUCCGCGCUCAUCGGAGGAUGGAGAGGCAGGAGAAACAGCUCCGUAACAUCGAAAGAGAGCGCGCCCAGCACGAAAAACUGCAACUGGAGCGUUUGCUGGACGAACUCAAGGGUCACGACUGGCCCCGCGUAAUGGGCCUCACGGGCAUCGCCGACCCGGAGAAGAAGCUCUACGAACCCAAACGCGACUAUUUCAUCAAGGAGAUCUCCUCCCUCAUUAAGAAAUUCCAGAUCUGGAAAGAAGAAGAGAAGCGCCGGAAGCUCGAAAAGGAGAAGUCCUCGGCCCACGCGGAGUCCACACCCCCCGCUGCCGCUACCUCCCAACCUCCGCGUCGCAAGCGCCUCUCCGAAGCACUCGAUGAGCCCACCGCCAACGGUGCCGGCCACGGUGUCCCGGGCUCAGACGACCCAGACCCCAGCGACGUCGAUGCCUGGGCCGCCCACCAACUCCAGCAAGAAGCCCGCUCCGCCACCGGCGGAAAGCGGUCCAAAUCAUCAACAGACGGCCCCCGGCGCCGCAAAUCAUCCGGCAACAAGCCAGCGAUCUCUACCUCUGCUCCUCCUGCCCAUCCUACCCCGGCUCCCGCACAAAUACCCACCCCGCCUCCGCCAGACCAACCCUUCACCUCGUUCUUCGCGAAGCCGCACCUACGCGAGGCCGCGCUAGGCCCGCACCGCAAGGGCCACGUGCGCAUGGCCUUCGGCCACCCGCUUCCCAAACUCGAGGAGCGCGAGUUCCAGCCUCCAGUAGACAUAUUAACGCCGGAGGCGAUCGAUGCCUGUCGACGGAAACGAAGGCGGAUGAGGCGGGAGAGUCGGGGGUGA